CAGAUCCAGAGAGUUUUUGGUACCAACUCUUUCUCUCUCUCUCUCUCUCUCUCCCCCUCUUCUCCAGCGUAGUUUCAGCAGAAUUUCAGGGCCAAAUUAAAAACGCACCUAAAUCUCAAGAGAUGCUAUAAAGAGGAGGAUAAGAGCACAGAACUUUGCUACAAGGAGAGUGAGAAGAAAGGCUUUGAUCAGCUUUGGGAUUGUAAAAGUGGUAGUGGUCGGAAAAAAAAAUCUCCCUACACCCAUCAUCCAAGUCUGAUCAAAAUCUGAUUGAAGAAUGAGAGCGUGGCUUUUGGAACACAAGGAUUGCGGCAGUGUAUAACAGUCAGAACACAAACGCGUUCAAUUCUCAACAACAACAGCAGCAACAACCACAGUGCUUGAUGGAGAUGUCAUUACAGAGAACAUCCUCGGAGAAUAAUUCGGGAAGGAACCGUGAGGAACAGGAACCUUCGAACAAAGAAACCACCAUGGAAGCUCCUGCUUCCGGUGACGACGACCAAGAUCUCGAAGAAGGAUUCAAAAGGAGGCGCCACACCCGCCACACACACCACCAAAUUUCGGAGAUGGAAUCUUUCUUCAAGGGUUGCCCUCACCCUGAUGAAAAGCAAAGGAAAGCGCUUGGUCGCGAGCUCGGAUUGGAGCCUUUGCAAAUCAAGUUUUGGUUCCAAAACAAGCGCACCCAAGUGAAGACGCAACAAGAACGAUAUGAAAACAAUCUUCUGAGGGUUGAAAAUGACAAGCUUCGAGCAGAAAACCGUAGGUACAGGAAUGCACUAGCUAAUGCUUUAUGCCCUAGCUGUGGAGGCCCUACUGCUCUUGGAGAGAUGUCCUUUGACGAGCAGCAGUUGAGGAUCGAGAAUGCACGAUUAAAAGAGGAGAUUGCUAGUAUGUCAGGACCUGCGGCCAAGCAUGCUGGAAAAUCUGGAAGCAAUUCGUACUGUAACAUGCCAUCUCAAAACCAGAUGCCUUCGCGCUCGCUAGAUCUGGGAGUUGGUAACAACAACAAGAACAACAACUAUGUAGCUGUAGCACAAGCACAACCUGCAGCCAUGGUUGGGGAAAUAUAUGGUGGCAAUGAUCCUCUUAGGGAACUCCCCCUUUUUUCUUGUUUUGAUAAAACUUUAAUUGGGGAGAUUGGUCUGGUGGCAAUAGAGGAAAUCAACCGGUUGUCUCUGUCUGGAGAUCCUUUGUGGGUCCCUGGCAACUACGGCAGUGAAGUUGUAAAUGAAGAUGAAUACCUGAGGGUUUUCCCUAGGGGCAUAGGUCCAACACUCUUGGGCGCAAGAACCGAAUCUUCUAGGCAAACAGCCAUAGUUAUCAUGCAUCAUAUGAAACUCGUUGAGAUGCUUAUGGAUGUCAAUCAAUGGUCAAACAUGUUUUGCGGCAUCGUUUCAAGGGCGGUAACACACGAAGUGCUGUCAACUGGAGAAACUAUAAGAUACGAUGGUGCCUGCCAAGUGAUGUCAGCUGAGUUUCAGGUUCCUUCACCCCUUGUUCCUACUCGUGACAACUAUUUCAUCAGGUUCUGUAAGAAGCACCAAGGACAAUCGUGGGCGGUGGUUGAUUUUUCAAUGGAUCAUCUGCGACCUGGUGCAAUCACAAAAAUUCGAAGACGACCCUCUGGUUGCAUAAUUCAAGAAUUGCCAAAUGGUUACUCAAAGGUCAUAUGGGUUGAACAUGUAGAGGUGGACGACAGCGAGGUGCAUAAUCUUUACAAAAAUUUGGUUGAUUCUACCCUUGCGUUUGGAGCUAAACGUUGGGUUGCAGCAAUAGAUAGGACAUGCGAACGUCUUGCUAGUGCAAUGGCCACCAACAUACCCCAAGGGGCACUUUGUGUGAUAACAAGUCACGAGAGUCGGAAAAGCAUGAUGAAGCUGGCUGAAAGAAUGGUAUUGAGCUUUUGUACUGGCGUUGGUGCUUCAACUGCAAAUGCCUGGACACCACUACCAAGUGGUCUUGAAGAUGUUAGGGUCAUGACCAGAAAGAGCGUUGAUGAUCCAGGCAGACCUCCUGGUAUAGUGCUCAGUGCUGCAACUUCUCUCUGGCUCCCAGUUCCUGCAAGGAGAGUUUUUGAGUUUCUUAGAUCAGAAAACACAAGAAAUCAGUGGGACAUUCUGUCAACCGGGGCUCAAGUGAACGAACUUGCACAUAUUGCUAACGGGAGAGACCAUGGAAAUUGUGUCUCUCUUCUUCGAGUGAAUACUCAGAAUGUGGGCCAGAACAAUAUGCUGAUACUUCAAGAGAGUUUCAUUGAUGCUACAGGCUCAUUUGUGAUUUAUGCUCCUAUUGAUGUAGCUGCCAUAAAUGUUGUGUUGGGAGGUGGUAAUCCAGAUUAUGUGGCCCUGCUCCCUUCGGGCUUUGCUGUUCUUCCUGAUGGGCCUGGACUGAACGGAGGGCCCGGGCCCAUAUGUGAGGCUGGAUCCGGAGGAGGCUGUCUUCUCACAGUUGCGUUUCAGAUACUGGUGGAUUCAGCUCCGACUUCGAAAAUCUCUGUUGGUUCCGUGACAACUGUUAACAGUUUGAUAAAGAGAACAGUUGAAAAGAUCAGAGAUGCAGUGUCGCUUGAUGGCAACUAAAGUGCUAAUUAAGCUCUCUCAAUAAUUAAAUAACAAAGAGAAAGAUGAAAGAUGAGCAUGGAAGGUGGUUCAAACUUUAGUGUUCAGAACAAGGGAACCAAGUCAAUUAACGCACCUUAGAGAGUGUCCUAUAUGUAAUGUUAGAAUUUCUUAGGCGCCGAAGUAGCUAGAAAAGUACUUCACCAUAUAGGAAGGAUGUUAGGUUCGGGCAUUGACUAUCCCUAAUGAAGGCGAAAGUAGUUCCAUCUGACCUUGUUUGACUAUAAACAUAAUAAUAACUCUGGAUUUCUCUUUAUCUAUCUCAA